AUGAAGUAUGAUGUCCUUGCGAGAGCUGGAUUCGCCCGACGAGGAAACCUUCAUCUUCCCCAUUCCAUCGUCGAAACUCCCGUAUUCAUGCCGGUUGGAACUCAAGGAACAAUGAAGGGGGUCGUUACUGAACAACUUGUUGCCAUGGAUUGUCGGAUUCUCCUAUGUAACACUUAUCAUCUAGGUCAUCGUCCAGGACACGAAAGAGUCAAAGCAGCUGGUGGAAUUCACAAAAUGAUGAAUUGGAAUCGAUCGAUCCUCACGGAUUCUGGAGGUUUCCAAAUGGUAUCUUUGAGCAAGUUGAUGACUGUAGACGAGAAUGGAGUCAACUUUGAAAGUCCUCAUACUGGCGAGAUGAUGGCUUUGCCGCCAGAAAAGUCAAUUGAGAUUCAACAAGCACUCGGUGCAGAUAUUAUGAUGCAGUUGGAUCAUGUUAUUCAUGUUUUGACAACGGGAGAUAUUGUUAAAGAAGCUAUGCAUAGGAGUAUCAGAUGGUUGGAUCGAUGCAAAGUUGCCCAUACGAGGGACGAUCAAGCAAUGUUUCCCAUUCUACAAGGUGGUCUCAAUCUGGAUUUACGAAAAGAAUGUGCUGAAGAAAUGGCAAAAAGAGCAAAGGUUGGAAUCGCUAUUGGUGGACUUUCUGGAGGAGAAGAAAAAGAUCAUUUCUGGAGAGUCGUUGCUGCAUGUUGUGCAGCUUUGCCACCACAUCUACCACGUUAUGUGAUGGGUGUUGGGUUUCCGGUAGAUUUGGUGAUUUGCUCUUUUCUUGGAGCUGAUAUGUUCGAUUGCGUCUAUCCCACAAGAACAGCUCGAUUCGGAACUGCAAUGGUUCGUAGAGGAGGUCUGAUGCAACUGAAUCAAAAAAGAUACAAAGAAGAUUUCCUGCCAAUUGAUGAUAAAUGUAAAUGCAACACUUGUAAGAAUUAUACUCGAGCAUACAUUCAUUCUAUUGCUGGAAAGGAAACCGUCGCAUGUCAUCUUGUUUCCAUUCAUAACAUCAAACACCAACUGGAUCUGAUGAGAGAUGUUCGUCAAGCAAUCCAAUCGAACUCGGUUGAGAAAUUUUUGAGACAGUUCCUUUUCGAUUACUACGGUCCCAUUCAAUCCGAAAACCCUUCCAAGCAAGAUACAGAGAAAGUACAAGAAGUUCCUCAAUGGGUUAGAGAUGCUGUUGAUCAUAUGGGAUAUACUCUUGAUUUUUGA